GGGAAGCGGGGCUCUGUGUAAGGCGCUGGCACUACAGUAGCAGCACCUCAGCGCCUCAGCCAAAGCCAAGUAGUCCGCACAGUGACAGCAAUGGUGCAGCAAGCCGACAGCCUGGACAUGGACAGCAGCCAGCACACUGAGCCCGACACGGAGGAAGGGGAGUUUAUGGCGUGCAGCCCGGUGGCUCUGGAUGAGAGCGACCCAGACUGGUGUAAAACAGCCACCGGGCACAUCAAGCGGCCCAUGAACGCCUUCAUGGUCUGGUCCAAGAUAGAGCGGCGGAAGAUCAUGGAGCAGUCCCCGGACAUGCACAACGCCGAGAUCUCCAAGCGCCUGGGGAAGCGCUGGAAAAUGCUCAACGACAGCGAGAAAAUCCCCUUCAUCAGGGAAGCCGAGCGGCUGCGGCUCAAACACAUGGCCGAUUAUCCCGACUACAAGUACCGGCCCAGGAAAAAGCCCAAAGUGGAUCCUUCAGCCUCCAAGCCGGCCUCUCUGGCUCAGUCCCCGGAGAAGAGCCCCAAGAGCCGGAGCGCAGGCAAGAAAUGCCCCAAGCUAAAGCCCGGCAGCCACAGCGGCAGCAGCAGCUCCUCCGGCUCCGCCAAGUCGCUCACCAUCAAGUCCGAGUACGGCGGCGACGACUAUGUCUUCGGCAGCCCCAAGGCGGCGAGCAAGGCGGCCAAAUGCGUCUUCAUGGACGAGGACGAUGAGGAGGAGGAGGAAGACGAAGAGGAGGACGAGCUGCAGAUUCGGAUCAAGCAGGAGGAGGAGGACGAGCCGCUGCGACAAUACAAUGUGGCCAAAGUACCGGCCAGCCCGACCUUGAGCUCUUCAUCGGCCGAGUCGGCGGAAGGCGCCAGCAUGUAUGAGGAUGUUCGGAACGGAACCAGACUCUAUUACAACUUCAAGAACAUAACGAAGCAAAGCACAAUCCCCCAAGCCACCAUCACCCUGGCCCCGGCCCCCCGAUCUGCCGGCACUACCUCACCCAGCAGCCACAAGGACGAGCUCAUGUUCGAUCUCAGUUUGAACUUCACCCAGCAGAACCCUCCGGUACCGGAGCUUGGGAACCCCAACUCAGGAAACCUCUCCCUCUCCCUGGUGGACAAGGACUUGGACUCAUGCAGUGAGGGCAGCCUGGGCUCCCACUUCGAUUUCCCAGAUUACUGCACUCCCGAACUCAGCGAGAUGAUCGCAGGGGACUGGUUGGAAGCCAACUUUUCAGACUUGGUAUUCACUUACUGAAAUGAGUGUUUUUUUUUUUUUUGUUAAUAAUUAUUAUUAUUAUUGAUUCCUAAAAAAUUCUGGUGGGGAGGGGAAUCUCCAGAGAAAUGGAUGAGGGCCACACAAAUUCUUUGAGCUCCAUCAACGUCUCGGUACAGAUUAAAGGGCUGUUCUUGCAUCUUUUUUUUAUAUAUAUAUAUAAACGUCCAGCCUUUGAAUUUUUGGGCGAUCACUGUAGAAGGAAGAGGAUGAGGAGGGCCAAUGGACAUAGGGGAAUGAAGAAAAGGAGAUUGUUUUAAAAAAAAAAAAACACAAGCGGUCUGGAAAAUGGUCUGGCAGAACAAAAAUGUCUUAUUUCUUGGCAGCUCAAGGGGGGGGGGGGGGCACUUUUUAUUAUUUUUUAAUGUUAUUCUGCUGGAAAAAGGAACUGACAACAAGAUUUUUUUUUAUUUUUCAUUUCUGGAAGGAGAAAAAAAAACUGAUCUCUUCUAUGCAUCUGAUUCUCAAUCUGCAGGGAGUUGCAACAUGCAGACAGGACUACACAACUGCUACACUACACAAACACACAACUACAGAACUGUGAACUGAUUCUCAACUCAGAGAGUUUACUUCUUACAGGUCAAACACCAAUGUACAGGUUUUUUUUUGUUCUUCUCUGGUCACAAUGUGAUUUUUACUUGCCAACAACUACUUUAUAAUUUUUUUUUUUAUUAUUAUUUGUAACCGGUUCCCUUUAUUACCUCCUUGAAUCCAGACAACCCAGACCUCAGUACAAAAAAAAAAAAAAA